GGCGGGGCGGGGCGGGGCGGGGCGGGGGCGCGCGGGCCCGGCGGGGCGGUUGGCGGCGGCGGAGCGGCGCCGCGGGUCGCUGAGGCGGCGACUGACGGUCCGGGGCUGAGGCGACGGCUGAGGCGGCGGCGCGCUCCGAUCGCCCCCGGGGCCGCGUCCCUCCCGCACCGCCGCCCCGGCCGCCCCGGAGCCAGGAGCGCGCGGCGGGGCCUCAGCGAGGAGAGCUCGUCAGUAAAAUGGUUGGCGGGAACGCCCACACGCACCACCCAUCCUGACGGGACGGCAUCCAACAUGAACAGAAAUGACGGAGGAAGACGGCGUUGUGAGGAUAACGAGCACACACUGCGCGUCUAUCCCGGGCCCAUCUCAGAAGGGACCAUCUACUGCCCAGUUCCUGCGAGGAGGAACUCCACAGCCGCUGAGGUGAUCGACGCGCUCAUACACAAGCUCGAGCUGGACAAAACCAAAUGCUACGUCCUGGCAGAGGUCAAGGAAUUCGGCGGAGAGGAAUGGAUCCUCAACCCCACGGACUGUCCGGUCCAGAGGAUGAUGAUGUGGCCCCGGCUGGCCCUGGAGAACCGCCUCAGCGAGGAGGACUACCGCUUCCUGCUGCGCGAGAAGAACCUGGACGGCUCCAUCCACUACGGCAGCCUCCAGUCGUGGCUGCGGGUGACGGAGGAGCGCCGCAGGAUGAUGGAGCGGGGCUUCCUCCCGCAGCCGCGGCACACGGACUUUGAUGACUUGUGUAGCCUGCCGGACCUGAGCGAGAAGACGCUCUUGGAAAACCUUCGGAACCGCUUUAAGCGCGAGAAGAUCUACACCUACGUCGGCAGCAUUCUUAUCGUCAUCAACCCGUUCAGGUUCCUCCCUAUCUACAACCCCAAGUACGUCAAGAUGUAUGACAACCACCAGCUGGGCAAGCUGGAGCCCCACGUCUACGCGGUGGCGGAUGUCGCCUACCACGCCAUGCUGCGGCGCAGGAGGAACCAGUGCAUCGUCAUCUCGGGCGAGAGCGGCUCGGGGAAGACCCAGAGCACCCACUUCCUCAUUCACCACCUGACUGCGCUCAGCCAGAAGGGGUUCGCCAGCGGGGUGGAGCAGAUCAUUCUCGGAGCGGGCCCAGUGCUGGAAGCCUUUGGAAACGCCAAGACAGCUCACAAUAACAAUUCCAGUCGUUUUGGCAAAUUCAUUCAAGUAAAUUACCAAGAGACGGGCACCGUGCUCGGUGCCUAUGUUGAGAAAUACCUGCUUGAGAAGUGCAGACUUGUUUACCAGGAGCAUAAUGAGCGGAACUACCACGUGUUCUAUUACCUCCUGGCAGGAGCUAGUGAAGAGGAGAGACUGGCUUUCCACCUGAAGCCGCCAGAGGAGUAUCACUAUCUCAACCAGCAGGAUUGCUUCACGGUGGAGGGGGAGGAUUUGAAGCAUGAUUUUGAACGUUUACAACUGGCCAUGGAAAUGGUCGGAUUUCUUCCCAAGACACGAAGACAGAUCUUCUCUCUUCUCUCAGCAAUAUUGCAUCUGGGUAACAUCUCUUACAAAAGGAAGGCGUACCGGGACGACUCCAUAGGCAUCUGCAACCCCGAGGUCCUGCCUGUUGUCUCGGAGUUACUGGAGGUUAAAGAAGAGAUGCUCCUUGAAGCACUAGUCACAAGGAAGACUGUGGCAGUGGGGGAGAAACUCAUCUUGCCGUACAAGCUGGCAGAGGCCGUGACUGUCAGGAAUUCCAUGGCUAAGUCUUUGUACAGUGCCCUGUUUGACUGGAUAGUUUUCCGGAUUAACCACGCACUUCUGAAUAGCAAAGAUCUGGAGCGAAAUACCAAGACUCUGUCCAUCGGUGUCCUUGACAUCUUCGGGUUUGAAGACUAUGAAAGUAACAGCUUUGAGCAGCUCUGCAUCAACUUCGCCAACGAGCGCCUGCAGCACUACUUUAACCAGCACACCUUCCAGCUGCAGCAGGAGGAAUACAGAAGUGAAGGCAUCAGCUGGCACAAUAUAGACUAUAUGGAUAACACGUGCUGCAUAAAUCUGAUCAGCAGGAAGCCCACAGGACUGCUCCACCUUCUGGACGAAGAAAGCAACUUUCCGCAGGCCACCAACCAGACGUUGCUGGAAAAGUUUAAGCGUCAGCACGAAGAGAACCCGUGCAUUGAGUUCCCAGCGGUGCAGGAGCCUGCGUUCACCAUCAAGCACUAUGCCGGCAAAGUCAAGUACCGGGUGAAGGAUUUCCGGGAAAAAAACACAGAUCACAUGCGCCCAGACAUUGUAGCUCUUCUGAGAAGCAGCAGAAGCGCGUUCAUCUCUGGGAUGGUCGGGAUUGAGCCUGUGGCUGUUUUCCGAUGGGCAGUUCUCCGAGCUUUCUUCAGAGCUGUGGUUGCCUUCAGAGAGGCUGGGAAAAGGCACCUCCAGAGGAAAACUGGACAUGAUGACACAGCACCAUGUGCGAUUUUGAAAAACGUGGAUAGUUUUAGCUUUCUCCAACACCCAGUCCACCAGAGGAGCUUAGAGAUUCUGCAGAGGUGCAAGGAAGAGAAAUACAGUAUAACUCGGAAAAAUCCCAGAACACCUCUUUCUGAUCUCCAGGGCAUGAAUGCUCUCAAUGAAAAAAGCCAGCAUGAUACGUUUGAUGUCACCUGGAAUGGCAGAGCUGGGGUCCGCCAGAACAGACUCUCAAGUAGCACCCCGUUGCUUGAGAAAGAUGGAAUAUUUUCUAACUCAACCAGCAGCAAACUCCUGGAGAGAGCUCAUGGAAUUCUUACGAGAAGCAAGAAUUUCAAAUCCAAGCCUGGUCUUCCAAAGCACUUGCUGGACGUCAGCUCCUUAAAGCACUUGACGAGACUGACCCUCCAGGACCGCAGCACCAAGUCCCUGCUGCAUUUGCACAAGAAGAAGAAGCCUCCCAGCAUCAGCGCCCAGUUCCAGGCCUCGUUAAGCAAGCUGAUGGAGACGCUCGGCCAGGCAGAGCCUUACUUCGUGAAGUGCAUCCGUUCCAACGCCGAGAAGCUGCCACUAAGAUUCAGUGACGCCGUGGUGCUGAGGCAACUCCGGUACACGGGGAUGCUGGAGACAGUUCGGAUUCGCCAGUCAGGAUACAGCUGCAAAUACUCUUUUCAGGACUUUGCCAGCCACUUCCACGUACUUCUUCCCCGAAAUAUUACCCCAUCUAAAUUUAACAUUCAGGAUUUCUUCAGGAAAAUAAAUCUUAAUCCAGAUAAUUACCAAGUUGGAAAAUCAAUGGUCUUCCUGAAGGAGCGGGAGCGGCAGCACCUCCAGGACCUGCUUCACCGAGAAGUGCUCCGCAGAAUCGCGCUGCUGCAGCGGGGCGUCCGGGCCCUGCAGUGCAGGCAGCGGUUCCUGCACCUGCGCCAGGCGGCCGUCACCAUCCAGCGGUUCUGGAGGGCUCACCGAGCCCAGAGGCUGCUCCGAGAGGAAUCCGUGCGGAAGGACGCCGCUGUCACGGUGCGUGCGGCCACCCUGCUGCAGGCUUCCUGGCGCGCACACCUGCAGAGGCAGCGCUUCCUGGAGCUCCGCGCGGCAGCCGUCCUCAUCCAGCGGAAAUGGAGGGAGCACCUGAGGCGGAGACACUGGGCCGCUGUCUGCAUUCAGGCGCGAUGGAAAGGCCACCGGGAGGGCCGUUGGUAUCAGGAGCUCAGGACCAGCGCUCUGCUUCUGCAGUCCGCUUGGAGAGGCGCACGAGCCAGACGCAGAUUAAAAACAUUAAGAGAACAAAGAGUGAAAGAAGCGAAGCGAGAACCGGCCUCGGUGAGCUCGGAGCCACAUGGGCCUCUGGAUGUUCAGGGCUCAGACCCCGCCCAAUGGGAAGAUCGUUCCUUUGACAGGAGAGUAGAAGCCAGAGAGCAGCGCAAGUCUGUGAUAGAGGGCAGUCGAGCCAGCCGUGAGAGCCUGGUGGCCUGCUUGGAGGAGUCCCCAAACAGGCGCCAGGAGAGAAGCAGACGCCAGAGUAGCACGGACAUGCAGCACGAGGUCACUGUCAGAGAAAGACCCAAGUCCUUGGAGGAUCUCCACCAGAAAAAAGUCAGCCGGGCCAAAAGGGAGAGUCGGAGGAUGCGCGAGCUGGAGCAGGCUGUGUUCAGCUUGGAGCUGCUCAGAGCCCGCUCUCUGGGCGGCGCGUCUCCGUCUCCGUCUCGGGCUGAGGCGUGCAGGUGGUCCACGGAGCUGGUGCCCGGGGGCCCGCAGUCUCUGCAGGGCACGCCCGACAGCGAGGGCUCCCAGGGAAGCCUGGAGCUGCUCAGCUGUGAGGAGAAGCCGGCGAGCGCCGCACAGCCCGUGCCUGUGCCCGUGCCUGUGCCCGUGCCCGUGCCCGGAGGCGGUGAGGACCUGGCAGCCGAGGGGCCCGGCGGCCGGCGGCCGAGACCACAGGGCGGUGCCCUCGGGGCCUCGGGUGGGAGUGACGGCGCGCUGGCUCCCAAGGGGGUGCGCUUCGGGAACGGGGCUGCCUGUAGGCCGCAGGCGGGAGACCCGCUCAUCUCGAGCAGCCUGCCCACGUUUUUUUAUAUUCCUCACCAAGACCCGCUGAAAACAGCUCCCCACCUGGACGCGGGUCUGCAGAGAAGCGGCCAGCCGGAGGGCCGAGGGCCACGGCCCGCGCUUCCCCUGGGGGCCGGCAGGGGUGCCAGGAAGCACCGCUGCCCGGGGCGGCUCUCGGCCACGCCGGUGAAGACAGAUCCUGCCGAUGCUGUGCUGCAGAAACUGGAGAAGCUCAGCAGCGAAAAGGAACAAAGACAGAAGCAGCUGCAGCAGCAGAACGAAAAGGAGAUGAUGGGGCAGGUGCGCCGGCAGAUGGGCGUUUUAGAGAAGGAGCGCAGAGCUCUCAGGACAGUUGAGAGGCCAAGGACUGGGGAGCCCGUUCUGACGCCGUCUGUCCGUCCGUCAAAGCAGAGCGGCGACGGAGCGCCCGCUCUCCCUGCCCCAGCCUCUCCGAGAAAGGUCGAGUCCGGGGUGCCGGCACCUCCGUCAGCUCCCGGGAGAGACGCUGCUCUGGCUCCCAGAGAUGGGCCGUCUGCUCACUCGGCCCCCAGGAGCCGACCUGUCACCCUGUUCUUGGACAGGAAAGGAGGCCUGGGCCAGUUGAGCAUUGCCAAGGAGCCCCCCAGGACAGAGAAGACACGCAGCCACGCGAGUGCGGCCUCCCAGCACCAGAGCGAUGGCGCUCCAAAGAGAGAGCGCUGGAGGCCACCCCGCGCCUCCGGCCACAAGCUUGACGAGCCUCCCGGAGGCGGAGCCGCCUCAGCCAUUUUCUUCACCCCACAGGGCGGUGUGAAUGCCUCUGUUGCAAGCCAGAAAUCCUCGGACAGCGGAGAUGCUCAGCUUCCUGAAGCAGAGGAGCCGCCCACCAGGCUGGGCCAAGCUGAGGUUGCCAGACCGGCCCGUAGAAAGAAAGCGCGAAUGGCGCGGACGCGCUCCGAUUUCUUGACUAGAGGCACUUUGACCGGCGGGGAGGGGGACGCAGAGGACGGUGAUUACGACAGCACUGUUGAGCCCCUCCUCCCUCUUGACCAAGCUCCUCACUCUGAGCUAGGACCUGCAUCCUGCCUGGGGCAGGCCUCUCACAGUGACUCCGAAAUGAUAUCUCAGCGAUUUUCUUCAGUGGAUGAAGAAUUGAAGCUUCAUAAGACGUUGUCUCAAGGAGAGAUCACAAAGUCAUCUUCUGUGAGGCAGAAGGCUUCAGAUUUGGACACCAGGCCUCAGAGAGCUAGGAUGAGAUUCUGGGCCAAGGGAAGACACGGAGAGAAGAAGAUCGUCCGGGCGAGACCCGACACCCAAACAGAGGCCUCAGCACCCUUGGCUGCUUCAGAUAUGACCCCAGCUCUCCUGUUCCCAGAUGCUCAAAUUUCAGAAUUAUCUCAGAGCCAGCCAUCACCUCCUUUGAGCCCCGAGCUACCUGCCAGCUGCCAGAAGGAAAGCAAAGAGAAUAGAGAGCCUUCUCCAAAGGGAAAGUGCAGGGGCGGCGCCGGGGGCGGCAGCGUGGCCUUGGAGGGUGUGCACUCGCAGAGUGACUCUGUGCGGAUCCUGGAGAGUGCCGGCGACUUGAAGAGCAUGGACGAGUUUCUCCUGAAGAAGAUGAAUGACCUGGACAAUGAAGACAGCAAGAAAGACACGCUAGUGGACGUCGUCUUCAAGAAGGCCCUGAGAGAGUUUCGGCAGAACAUCUUCAGCUUUUACUCGUCUGCGCUGGCGACAGAUGAUGGGAAAAGCAUCCGCUACAAAGACCUCUAUGCACUGUUCGAGCAGAUUCUGGAGAAGUCCAUGCGGCUGGAGCAGCGUGAUUGGAGCGAGCCCCCCGUCAGAGUCUGGGUCAACACUUUCAAAGUGUUUUUAGAUGAGUAUUUGAGCAGAUCCAAGACUAUGGACCACGUGGCCACAAAGGUGCCAAAAACAGAAAGAAAGAAAAGAAGGAAAAAAGAAGCUGACUUAGUGGAGGAGCACAAUGGUCACGUCUUCAAGGCCACGCAGUACAGCAUCCCCACCUACUGCGAGCACUGCUCCUCGCUCAUCUGGAUCAUGGACCGAGCCUCUGUUUGCAAGCUAUGCAAAUAUGCUUGCCAUAAAAAGUGCUGCCUGAGGACCACGGUCAAGUGCUCCAAAAAGUACGAUCCAGAACUGUCAUCCCGACAGUUCGGAGUAGAGCUGUCUCGUUUGACCAGUGAAGACAGAACUGUCCCUUUAGUUGUGGAGAAGCUCAUCAACUACAUUGAGAUGCACGGACUGUAUACAGAAGGCAUUUACCGCAAGUCUGGUUCAACUAAUAAGAUCAAGGAGCUUCGACAAGGUCUGGACACAGAUGUUGAGAACGUCAGCCUGGAUGACUAUAACAUACACGUCAUCGCAAGUGUAUUCAAGCAAUGGCUGCGUGACCUGCCCAAUCCACUCAUGACCUUUGAACUCUACGAGGAGUUUCUCCGGGCUAUGGGUCUUCAGGAGAGGAAGGAGACAGUCCGUGGUGUGUACUCUGUGAUCGACCAGCUCUCCCGCACUUACCUGAACACACUGGAGCGCCUCAUCUUUCACCUCGUCAGAAUCGCUCUCCAGGAAGACACCAACAGGAUGUCUGCCAAUGCCCUGGCCAUCGUGUUUGCUCCCUGCAUCCUCCGAUGCCCGGACACUACGGACCCCCUACAGAGUGUGCAGGACAUCAGUAAGACCACCACCUGUGUGGAGCUGAUCAUCGUGGAGCAGAUGGCCAAGUACAAGGCUCGCCUCAAAGACAUCAGCAGCCUGGAGUUUGCUGAGAGUAAAGCCAAGAGCAGGCUGUCCCUCAUCCGCAGAUCAAUGAAGCCUGUCCUCAUUGCAGUUAGAUUCAUGAGCAUUGCCCGCAGCUCAGUCCCGGGGAAGGGGCGUCUCCGUCGAGGGGCCCACCCGAGCCCAUCCUCUCCUGGCGCAGCCCGCCUGCCCUCCAUGUCUGACGUUCCUGAGGAUACCUUGCCUGGCGAGGCGGCUGCAGAGCCUGACGUGACGGAGCAGCAGCAGGCGGCCAUGCGGCAGGAGGAGAGAGUCCUGGCGGAGCAGAUCGAACAUCUCCAGAAAGAGAAGGAGGAGCUGACGUUUGAGAUGCUGGUGCUGGAACCCAGAGCCUCUGACGACGAGACCCUGGAGUCUGAGGCCUCCAUCGGGACGGCUGACAGCUCUGAGAACCUGAACGUCGAGCACGAAGGCACCGUGUUGGAGAAGUCGGUGGAGAGAAGCUUAGCGCCCCAUCGCGUCCUCAGGGUAGGUGGCAAGUUGGAACCUUCCGGCAGGUCGCAGAAGCACCUGAGUAGGCCGCCGGACUCUGUGGACUCAGGGGGCUCUGCAGCGUUUUCCUUCUGUCCGUCCAACAGUGCGUCUUCUCACGGGAUCAGGAAGCGAUUUCAGAUUCAUUCUAAAUCCCCCUUUUACCGAGCGGCCUCGGCCGAGGCCCCUGGUGGGGAAGGGCCGCUGGGCCAGACCGGGUGCCUGGAAGAGAGACCUCAGUUCAUCAGCAGAGGAACCUUUAACCCCGAGAGGGGCAAACAAAAGUUAAAGAGUGUGAUACACUCUCCCCAGAAGACCAAAGAGACCCCUGAGGGGACAGUUGUGUCUGCUCGCAGGAAGCCGGUGGACCCAGACCACAGCUCCUCCCCACAGCUAGCUGUCUUCAGCAAUAAUGAGUUUAUGGUCUGAACCCACGGAGGUGUGUCCCUGGGGCCACAGAGUGGCGUCCGUCACAUCCCCGGGCCUCUUGUCUCCUCGUCCACGGCCGUCCAUCCUGAACGUGGCCCUGCCUUUUGCCCAGGCAUGCAGCUCCUGCCCGUGCACCCACUCCUGGGCGUCCUGCGGAGGUGGCCAGGCCGUGCCUUGGCUGCUGUCUGGCGAGAGGUCUCGGGACCCCGGCCUGGGUCAGCUGUGGGAGUCUCUGCCAUUGCCCGGCCUCCAUCUUUCUAGCCGCCCAGAGGUGGGCCUGCAGCGGGGGGGCAGGUAGGUUCAAGGUGGGCUCGAGGGGCCCGCUGGCUGCCAACCCUGAAGAGAACAUACAGCAAAGAGGCCACACUUGUUGGGCGCGGAGCUGGGGUAAAGCACGGCUUCCCUCGAGGAUUUAUAAGCCGAGAGCCUCAGCCCUGUUUUAAUUUAAGAUGUUUGCAGAACACUCCACGUUAUAUUCUGGGGGAGUAGAAGUCACCAGAGCUCGCCGCGGACACCAAGGGCGGCUGUCUUGUCCCGCUCUGCCGAGGGCAUGAGGGUGCGGAGUGUCCGGUCACAGCCGGCCUCGCUCCCGGCCCACUCUGCCUGGCGUCCGCCAUCCACACCCUGCUGCGAGCUUCAGAGGCCUCCUGUCGGCUGCUGGCGAUCUGAGGUCUGGCCGUGUCCGUCCGGUCUAACCGAAGGUCACAGAGGACCGUCCUCUGCUGGUGGGGCUCCGUGAGGAGCUCAGACACCGAGCCUCCGUCACUCCACAGCGGCCGCCCAGCACUGCACGAGUCUGGAAAGACACGGGGGCCGCCAGACAUCUAGCUUCGCCCUCCAGCCAUCAGUAUUACAUAGAUGAAGAAUGCAGGGUCUACUUGAAGCUAUUUCUGUCAAUGCUCUGCUUACUGCAGUCUACUGUAAAUAUAUAGUGUGCAUACUUCUCGGCCUCACGCUUCCCUCCUUCUGGAGACCUGCCCACAGAUGAGGUGACGAGAGGAGGCGUCACACCACCCCUGCACCGAGUCAGUCGUGCUGUGAGCCUGUGGGCAUCUGUGGGCUUAGGGACCCUUCUCUAAUAUUUAUAACAUAUAGAAAAUGAAACCAGAUAAGUAUGUGAAAAUGUUUAUUUUUAAUGUUACUGAAUGCCUCUUCUCCAGCUACCACGCACUGUACCCACCGGGGCGGCCAGGCUCUGCUCUGCACACUGCUCUGACUGAAAUUGUAGAGGUGGGCCCCAGCGCCACUCAGCACUGAACCUCACCCAGGCGCCACACGGCUCUCCUGAGAGUCCAGGGCCCUUGGCGAGUGGACACGUGCUGGAUCCGUCCCGCGAGCCCGGCCACCAUGCUCACGCUGUCCUGAGGCUGCUCCACUCGGGCCCUUCACACCUGGUCCAGAGAGUGCGGGAGUGUGCCAGGCUGCCAGUGUUCCUGGGCGCUGCCCUCUGCACCCCUGAGAGCUGAGCCUCAGAGCCCGUCGGGGGCACACGCCUGGCCGCGCGCCCUUUCCGAGGAGUCUUGGUGGGGCCUCAGUCUCUGCUUUGAUGCCCCCCGACCCAAGCUGGCGAUUCAGACAAACUACUCACAAAGGUCACUUUACAGGAACUAGGUGAUGGAUGUCAAGAGACUUUAUAAUUUUUCUCAGGGACCUGAAACCUGAAUUUGGAAUAUUAAAAUAAAAUAUAUUUGUUUUUCAGUU